UUUGGUCCAACAUGAGUGACAUCUAUGAGUCGGCGGCCCACUCUCUGGGUCUGUUCUGCACCCCCUGUCUGACCAAAGUGGAGCUGCGGCUCACCUGUAAAGGUAUCUUGGACCGCGAUGCUCUGUCCAAGCCCAACCCCUGCAUCGUCCUCAACAUGCAGUCCCACGGACAGUGGAUGGAGGUUGACCGCACGGAGGUGAUGCAGAGCUGCGUAAACCCCUCCUACUCCAAGGUUUUCACGCUGGACUUUUAUUUUGAAGAGGUGCAGCGGCUUCGCUUUGAGCUCUAUGACAUCAACAGCAGCCACAACGGGCUGAAGGAGGCCAACUUCUUGGGUUCUGUGGAGUGCACGUUGGGACAGAUCGUAUCCCAGACGAAGCUGUCCAAAGCUCUGCUCAGACCAGGAGGCACUGUGGGGAAAACCAUCAUCACGAUCACAGCUGAGGAGUUGACGGGCAACGACGACUACAUCGAGCUCUCCUUCAGCGCCAGGAAACUGGAUGAUAAGGACUUCUUCAGUAAAUCUGACCCGUUCCUGGAGAUCUACAGACUGAACGAGGACGCCACACUGCAGCUUGUCUACAGAACCGAGACUGUGAUGAAUAAUCUCAAUCCAGUUUGGAAAACCUUCAGGGUUUCACUCAACUCCCUCUGCAACGGCGACCACGAGCGCAAACUGCAGUGCACCGUGUGGGACUGGGACUCCAACGGAAAACACGAUUACAUCGGUGAAUUCGAGGCCACGUUCAAAGAGAUGAAAGGAGCCAUCAAUGGGAGACAGGUGCAGUGGCUGUGCAUUAAUCCCAAAUACAAAGUGAAGAAGAAGAACUACAGGAAUUCUGGGAUCGUUAUUCUGAAUCAGUGCAAGAUCAUUAAGAUGCAUUCCUUCCUGGACUACAUCAUGGGGGGCUGUCAGAUCCAGUUCAUGGUUGCAAUUGAUUUUACUGCCUCCAAUGGGGAUCCUCGUAACAGCUGCUCGCUGCACUACAUCCACCCAUUCCAGCCCAACGAGUACCUGAAGGCGCUGGUGGCUGUAGGUGAGAUUUGCCAGGACUAUGACAGUGACAAAAUGUUCCCGGCGUUUGGUUUUGGAGCGCGGAUCCCCCCCGACUUUAAGGUGUCUCACAACUUUGCUGUGAAUUUUAAUGAGGACAAUCCAGAGUGUGCAGGGAUCCAGGGCGUGGUCGAGGCCUACCAGGCCUGCCUCCCCAAGCUGCAGCUCUACGGUCCCACCAACAUCGCUCCCAUCAUUCAGAAGGUGGCAAACUCUGCCUCACAGGAGGUCCACACCAAGGAGGCCAUGCAAUACUUCAUCCUGCUGAUCCUGACGGACGGCGUCAUCACGGACAUGGCCGACACCCGGGAGGCCAUUGUCCAGGCCUCGCACCUCCCCAUGUCCAUCAUCAUCGUCGGCAUCGGCAACGCAGACUUCAGCGACAUGCAGAUGCUUGACGGCGACGAUGGCAUCCUGCGCUCGCCCAAAGGAGACCCCGUCCUCCGGGACAUCGUCCAGUUUGUCCCCUUCCGCAACUUCAAACAUGCAUCUCCAGCUGCUCUGGCUAAAAGCGUUCUAGCGGAAGUGCCCAACCAGGUGGUCGAUUACUACAACAGCAAGGGCAUCAAGCCAAAAGUGCCCAGCGAGUACCAGUCUUCCCGCCUGUUCAGGCCCUGAGCGCCACCUGCGGCACUGGACCUCGCGACCUUCCCGACCUUCCCAACCUGCAAAAAACCUUGACUGUUGUUUGUUCUUUGUCAUUGUGGUGUUAGCGGUGCUACGUGCAGCAUUUGACGCAACAGCAGAGGCACCACACGACCCGCAUCGUAAAGCACCCGGACUGAUGUGGGAGGUUCUGUUGCUGUGGAGAUGAU